AUGAUACUUGCUUAUCAAGCUGUCAAAGAGAAGGGUUGGAAUGUUGAAAAGGCAGCAAGGUCUUUUGGUGUACCAGCCCAAACUCUGAGAGAUAGAACUAGAGGUGCAAUAGACCCCUAUUCCUGCAGAACAGGUCCUAAAACGACCCUGACCUAUGAAGAAGAGGAAACUUUAGUGGUUCAUGCUGAAGUUAUGGCAGAAUUAGGUUAUGGUUUUUCAAAUCGUCAAUUUCAAGUGAUGGCUGGUGAGUUAAUGAAUCACCUUGGAAGAAGAACUGAAACUAAACCACUAAGCAAUAACUGGUUGUAUGCUUUCCUUUCUCGAUGGAAACAUCGUUUAGCUUCUCUUACACCACGCAAGUUGGAGUCAACACGUGCUAAAUCAACAACACCAGAAGCAGUUGAUAAUUAUUUCAAGAAUUUAGAAGAGAUAAUGACCAAAUAUGAUCUGCAGUCCAAACCCCAACUGAUAUAUAACGUGGAUGAGACUGGUAUCCAGCCUGAUCACAGACCACCAAAUGUUAUUGCUACGCCAGGAAGCAAACCUCAAGCAGUAACAUCACCUAGGUCAACUACCACUACCUUAAUUGCAUGUGCAAAUGCAUUAGGUAAUGCCAUACCCCCAUAUUUCAUCUUCAAAGGGAAGCGUUAUUAUGAAGACCUGCUUGAAGGUGCAAGUCCUGGUAGUCGUGGUGUAGUUUCAGACUCUGGGUGGUCCAACUCAACUAUUUUUAAAAGAUAUCUUGAGGAACAUUUUCUCCCACUUAUUGGUGGAGGCGGAACCAAAGAUGACCCCAUCUUAUUGAUUCUUGAUGGUCAUGCUUCUCAUGUCCCACCAUCUUUAAUUGAAUGGGCCAAGGAGAGGCAUCUUAUACUCUUUGUUUUGCCAGCCCAUACAUCACAUGUUCUCCAACCUCUAGACGUGGCAGUAUUUGGUCCUUUCAAAACAUUUUAUUACCAGGAAUGUGCUUCUUUUAUGCAGAGGAACAUGGGACAAAUAAUCUCAAGGUAUGACAUGGCACAGCUUUCUUGUAGAGCCAAUUUGAAAGCAAUGAGCCCAGUGAAUGUACAGUCAGCAUUUAGGAAGACGGGUAUCCUUCCUUUAAACAGAGACAUUGUAUCUCAAGACAAGUUAUUCCCUUGCGAAACAUUUAGAGAAGAGAAACCUAUUGAAAAGGUAUGUGCAAUCAAAUCUGGCAAAGAGGCUGUCCAAGAAUUUUUACGCCUGAAAGCUGAGAACAUUAAAUCACCUGAACCAGAUGCCUCAAAGUGCCAUUGUCACAAACGUAAACUGUUUGUGAAACCAAAACCAGGAGGCAGAGCAAUUACAGAAGACACUUACCUUGAUGAUAUGAAUAAAUAUGAGACUGAUAAACAAGCUGAAAAAGAAAACAUGGUUCCUAAAAAGGGAACAAGUACUGCACUUUCUAAAGUACUACCACAGUCAAGCCCUCGCCCAUCAACAAGUGGUGUAAAUGUCCGACGAGAUCCAGUUGUAGUAGAUUUUGAUUCUGAGGAUGAGAUCAUAGAUGAUGUUCCAUGUUGUGUAUGUGGAAAAACUACUCCACCAACCCUACGAAACAAUCCAGACAUUAAAAUUGUUUCCUGGGCCCAGUGUGACAAUUGCAGUCAUUGGGUGCAUUUACGUUUCUGCACAGAAAUUCGUGUUGUUAGACGUCACAGCAAUUUCAAAUGCAUUCAUUGUCAAAUAUAG